GCGGAGGUUUUCCGCUUUCCCCGAAGUUCUUGACAGAUCCGACUUCAGAUUGAGAGAAUUCAAGAUGGCUGCUUCAGGCUCCAAGUAAAGGGCUAACUCCUGGAUCCCACUGUGCAUGAAGCUCUCCUGAGGUUGUGGUGUCUAAGUGCUGUGUGUACCAGCUCCUCCUGCCUCUAAUCAUGUCCUCCACCUCCUCCUCCUACUCCUCCUCGGGGGAGACUAGUCCGGAGGAUGUACCCCGAGGUGGGGGCACCAUCCGAGUCUACCUCCCCAACAAACAGAGGACAGUGGUGAAUGUUCGCCAAGGACAGACUGUCUACGAGAGUCUAGAUAAAGCACUCAAAGUGAGAGGCCUGAGCCAAGACUGCUGUGCUGUAUUUCGCCUUCUAGAAGGUCGUAAGAGACUGACAGAUUGGGACACAGACAUCACUCCACUGGUUGGAGAGGAGCUUUUAGUCGAGGUCCUGGAUGAUAUUCCCCUCACCAUGCACAACUUUGUACGGAAAACCUUCUUCAAGCUGGCUUACUGUGAUUUCUGCCACAAGUUUCUUUUUAACGGCUUCAGAUGUCAGACAUGCGGCUACAAAUUUCACCAGCACUGCAGUAGCAAGGUCCCCACUGUGUGCGUGGACAUGGAUACCGUGAGCAAACGGUGUGAUCCUAAUCCCUGCACAGAUGAGUACCCACGGAUACUAGUGCCAGAUAAUUCCCCAUCGCAGAGUAACCUAGCCUUAACCCCAGAGCCUGCUGGGAUGGACCUCCUGUCCCCGACCUCGGCUUUUCGCUUUCCCAUGCCGGGCGGAGAUGGCCAGUCUCUCCAGAGGCAUCGCUCCACCUCCACUCCCAAUGUUCAUAUGGUCAGCACAGUGGGCCCUGCUGGUGCCAGCAUUAUAGAGGAAGCACUAAAAUUCAACACAAUGGGUCCUGAGCCCUCACCAAAGCCCUCAACCAGCCCACCUUCUUCUCUCGGUUCUCCAGGAAGGAGACCACCCAAGUCUCCCUCAGAGCACAAGGAGCGCAAGCCCUCCUCGUCAGACGACAAAAAGAAAGUGCACCGAGGAGGCUACAGAGACUCAAGCUACUACUGGGAGGUCCACUCUCGAGAAGUCACCAUCCAGAAGAGAAUAGGUGCUGGCUCCUUUGGAACAGUCUUCAAGGGCAAGUGGCAUGGAGAUGUGGCCAUCAAGAUCCUUAAAGUCACCGAGCCAACGCCUGAACAGUUGCAAGCCUUCAAAAAUGAAAUGCAGGUCUUAAGGAAGACUCGCCACGUCAAUAUCCUGCUGUUCAUGGGCUACAUGACUAAACCCAACUUUGCCAUCAUCACACAGUGGUGCGAAGGCAGCAGCUUGUACCGCCAUCUGCAUGUCACAGAAACCAAGUUUGACACUAUGCGUCGCAUCGAUGUGGCCAGACAAACAGCACAGGGCAUGGAUUAUCUUCAUGCAAAGAACAUAAUUCACCGAGAUCUGAAAUCAAACAAUAUUUUUCUCCAUGAGGGCUGGACCGUUAAGAUCGGUGACUUUGGCUUGGCCACUGUGAAGUCUCGGUGGAGUGGCUCUCAACAGGUGGAACAGCCCAGUGGAUCCAUUCUGUGGAUGGCUCCUGAGGUGAUCCGAAUGCAGGACAGCAACCCAUAUACGUUCCAGUCUGAUGUAUACGGCUAUGGAGUAGUGCUGUUUGAGCUGAUGUCAGGGACCUUGCCUUACUCCAAUAUCAACAACAGAGACCAGAUAAUCUUUAUGGUUGGACGUGGUUACUUGUCUCCAGACCUCAGUAAGCUGUAUAGUACCUCACCCAAGUCAAUGAAAAGACUUAUCGUUGACUGUCUGAAGUUCAAACGUGAAGAGAGGCCCCUGUUCCCACAGAUCCUGGUAGCAAUCGAGCAGGUUCAAGACCUGCUGCCAAAAAUCGAGCGGAGUCGCUCGGAGCCGUCGCUCCAUCGGGCCGUCCAUGCUGAGGACCUGAACCCUCUUCUGUUCCACACCACCAGGCUGAUGCCCCUCUAAGCUCCCCGCAGCACGGGGCAGAGAAGUUGUCACCUGUCCAAAACCAUCAGAGUAUGAGGCAUUCCUGCUCCUCAGAGAGGCCACAGGCUGACUGUCCACGACCCCCAGCCCACUCCCUGCCCCUGCACAGCCCUGGAGCUGCAAACCCUGGAGGCGCGAAACUCAGUAACUGCAGAAAUAACAGUAACACAUUGUUAAGUCUGAUAGUGGAUCUUCUGUUCUUUUAUACACCUGACAGGUUCUGCUCAUUCGGUGAAAUAAUUGCUUACUGUAUCUAGGAGGAUGUUAAAAAAGCCUCUGAUGAGUCCACUUGAAAAAAGCCAUCAAACCAGUUGACCCACAUUAUGUUCUCCAGAGGUAUUUUCAGCUGGUUUUUAGAAAAGGGGAAAGCAGUUUUGCACAUACACUGCAAAAUUGUGUUGCCCAUUUUCAGCAAUAAAUUAUCUUACUCCGACCUUUGAGGAGCACUGUGAUCAAAGCCAAAAGAUUAAAAUCAGGUCAACAGUCCAGUGCUGGAGCUGCUGGUUCAGGUCACCUGAUCAGCUCACAUAUUUCAAAUGCUCAGUUGUCAUGCGCUUCUUUCAGUCUAAUGCGAUGUGAGAUCUGGGUGUAAAGCUAGUGAUUUGAAAGAAGACUGGAGGUAUUUUGUAAAAGACAGGACAUUUUGUCUCAAAAGAAAUGUUUAUUAUUUCUUGUCUUUGAAAAUAUUUUCCUGCUAUAAUUUAUGUUACAUUAUAUUUAAAAAGGAGUUUUGCAACUCAGUCUGACCUCUCAUUCCACCAAGGGACAAACAACACAGAAAAACAUAACUAAUUGGAUAGCUGUAUGUAUAUCACUAAGUUCUCCUUGGGCCCAGGGUCCCAGUGAUGCUGCAGUGGACUAAUAAGAGUUGAAACUCCAAAAGAGCAUUUGAUGUGUGGAAGUUGAACAGUAACCCAGCAGUGCCUGGCAGAAGUGGCUGUAUUUCAAAUCUUUCUUGAGAUUUGCGUUAUAAUUCACAGUUCUUCUGAGUCUUAAUCCUUAGUGAUUGGGAACAAUACAACAUCAGCCCUGUUGAUCUGAUUUUACUUUUUUUUAUUAAAAGUAACGAAAUGUUAUUUUACAUCACUGAAAGCCGGGUGAAAUAAGAUCAGUUAGUUGUACAAAGUUCAAACUUAAUACAUGAUCCAGUUGUUAGGACCAACAUAUAUAUUUUUUUUUUUGGUUUACACAGAAAGGUCUUUCUGAUACUGAAUUGAAUUAUUCAACAUUUCUGAGCCAAAAUACAAAAUUUAAGAGUUUUCCCAAGCAUUUAUUUGUCUCUUCAGAAAAUAUCUCCUUUUUACUUUUGUUAAUCCUCACAGGGCAGAAUAUUAACAGUUAUUAUACAGAUAAAAAUACUUUAUUAAGAUAAUUCAGGUGAAGGGCUUUCAGCAUAGUGUUGAUCAAUUCUACAGCAACUACGACGACUGCGUCAUUUAAAUUUGAUGUAAGAUCAUCUCACUGUAUUAAUCUGCCCCCCUCAUAGACUGUGUCAAAAACACAUUUACACACCUUUGAAAUCAAGAAACCCCAUGAACAUGACACUACAUAGUGUUUUUAUUCCUCCGAUUCCCUUUCUCUGGCUUUUACGUGUUUUAAAUCAUUUUUGUCCUUACGAGGAACGGACAUAGUAAGUUGCAGUCUUAUUGUUACUGGUUAGUUGUAUUGCUGCUACAUGUAAUGUGUUUUCUGUCCAUACUUUUUCUACACCUCAGACCAGACUGCACCUUCUUGGCACACAACUUCAACAAGUCUGUAGCAGUGAGGAUUGUUUGAUACUUCACAGAUCCCCCCACACACACACGCACACACUCACGCUUACUCUCGUACUGUAGCUAAUGGUGACACUGUGAGUAACUUGGUCAAAUGAGUCACUCCAGUUUGGAUGCAGUGCAGGAGGUGAGAGAAGUGGAAUGAAUGUUCUGCAAAUACGUAAGGAAGAAGAAUUCUUUGUCUUUGAGUUUUGUAGUCUUGACACUACAAGUCGUAAAAAUCGGUUUGACGACGCGUCUUUAGCAAAGUGGAUGGUGUUGCUCUCCAUAUGUCAACAUUUUUUUAAGUCAGAAAAUCGAGCUUCAGAUGCUGAAGAUGAUUGGGCAAGGACUUGUUAAAGAAAAUAUCAGGCUCUGUAGGUUAAAUGAGAAAAUACUGUAUUUGGUUUUGCCAGACAUCCCAUCAUGCAGGUAGCUCGCUGUAAGUUAAGUAGCUUUAAUGAUUUGGUGUUUAGCAUCUUUGUUUUGAGACUUUUAUGUCUGUCUUUGUCUUUGAAACAGCAGUCAGAGAUGACUGGCUGUCACUGUCAAAGUCAUUUUUAUAGACAGAGCUGUUUAGGAGGCAGGAUUAGAUCAGAACAAGGGGUCAUGGGAAUCUGUUGAUAGACAGAAUGGCACAAUGAGGUGGCUAAGAUUUAUCCAAAAAUUGCAUGUUCACCUCAUGCUCACGUCUUUUGGAAGCUUAUAUGUAGAGCUUGAGUAAUUAGUAUGUAGUGGUCAUUUGCAAAGCUGUUUUACCACUAGAAGGUUUUUCUAAACCCUCAAAAAUUCCCCCCAAAAACCCUCCCAUUUAUUGCAAAAACGCUUUACAGUGGCAUGAGGUGGCACUUCAGGCAAUUCCAAAAAGCCAUUUUUUAGCAAAACUGCAAUGAAAAUACUUUUUUGGCUUUUCUAAACGGGGUGUUAUUGCAUCGAAUAGCUUUUCAAAAGUUAAGCAGAUCAUGCAGUAGUUUUGAAUCCCUCUUUCCUCUGUGAAUUCAUGGACUAUCACCUCCCAGAAAUCCCUCAUAUGCGUCCACUUCAAUGUAAAAGGGCCUCGCCUUUCCCUAUGUCGCAUUCGAUGGUUAAUAAUGACGGCUAGUGUGGUGGCUGCAAUAGAAAUAAAGCUGCUACUGUUUUGAACAUCCAUCACCAU